AUGUCAGCAAGAGCUGGCAAGAGCUUCGAGUGCAUUUUGCAGGGAGAAGUGAAUUUUAAACACUUUCCCUCUUUCCUCGAGCGCCUGGGAGGACUGUGUGACGAGAGUGUUGUAAAGGAAGAUAUUGCGUACAAGGAGUACGUAUACAACUUUGAUGACAAGUGUCCGCAGUAUAUCCAGGGGGUACCGCACUACGAAGUUCGUGCGCGUCAUGUGUUUUCGGGAUCCACGACGUUUCAGGGUGAGGCAGUGGAAAUGCCGUCUGAUAGCGGGCAAAAGUGGGAGCUGAGGUAUAUUGGACGAUGGGAACGCAAGAAAAUGUCCGAACAUGUUGGCACUGCACCGCUGGGUGUUCCGUUUCGCAGCCAGAUUGCCGUGUCGGUCGGACAGAACGUCCGUUCGUUCCUGAACACGCUCGGCUUCCGGCAUAGCUACAGGUACAUGCGUCUCGGAACAAGGUGGCAAUUUCCCAAUGGCAUUACUAUUGAAGCUACACGGAUGAAGGCGCUAGAGAAUGAGGAUGCGAAGGACGAAUACCGCCUGGUGGACUUGGAAAACCUGCGCGUGGAAGCGCUACUCGUUGAGAUUUUUGCGCUCACGACGGACGAGAAGAUUGACGAGGCGUCACAGAAAAUUCGCCGUUUUGCCGUGGAUCUAGACCCGUACUUCAUUGAGCGUCCAUCCGAAGGCAAGGAGAUAUUGCACAGUACGGCUACUUUGGCUGCCGAGGUGCGCCGCAAACGCCCGCGGCCGUAG